AUGGCGGACCUGCUGCUACCUGGACAUCGCUGCUACCUGGACAUCGACUCCCGCCUCGACAGCCUCGUCCGGAGGCGCGAGCGGCGCUGCCGGUUCGGGCCCCCCAGGGUUCAGCCCCUGUGCGUGCAGCCGAGGACUCAAAAAACCAGCCCCGAGUACGUUCACCGGGAUCCCCCCCACAAAAGGCAGCCCGAGCAUGCAGCCGGCACCCCCCAGAGCCAGCCCCUUGGCACGGUAACCGUGAUCCAUCCCCGGAGCCCAUGCAUCACUCUGAGAUGCACUGCCUUCAAGUACCACUUUUCUCAGCUGGUAUGCUUGCGCAAUGUCCCCUUCAACCUGACGAAGAUGAUCCACCAGGAUGAAUGGCAUCUACUCCACUUGAGAAGGAUCACAGCCAGAGUCCUGGGCAUGGCUGCAGCUGUUCUUCUCUGCGGGUGCAUCGUGGCAGCAGUCAGCUUCUUCUGGGAGGAAAGCCUCACCCAGCACGUUGCAGGUCUGCUGUUCCUGACAACAAGAAUAUUUUGCACUAUAUCUCUGUGUACCUAUGCAGCCAGCAUAUCAUAUGACCUAAACCACCUCCCCACAUUCAUCUGUAACCUUCCCAAUGAUGUAGAAUAUGGAUAUAGCUAGCUUGUAUUUUGUGCUUGUAGUCUGGGAUUUACAGUAGCAGCCGGGUAUCUUUGCACAGCUUUCCCGUUUGUUAGCAGAGGCAACAUUAUGCAGCUAAAGUCCACCAGAGACUCCUCCGUAUGA